AUGUUUUCUCCCCUGUUUUCAGUUACAGACACAAACACUGACCCAAUGUUUUCUUUCCUGUUCUCAGUUAGAGACGCAAACACUGACGCAAUGUUUUCUUCCCUGUUCUCAGUUACAGACGCAAACACUGACCCAAUGUUUUCUUCCCUGCGUUCAGUUACAGACGAAAACACUGUCUCAAUGUUUUCUUCCCUGUUCUCAGUUAGAGACACAAACACUGACCCAAUGUUUUCUCCCCUGUUUUCAGUUAGAGACACAAACACGGACCCUAUGUUUUCUUUCCUGUUCUCAGUUAGAGACACAAACACUGACCCAAUGUUUUCUUCCCUGUUCUCAGUUAGAGACGCAAACACUGUCUCAAUGUUUUCUUCCCUGUUCUCAGUUAGAGACACAAACACUGACCCAAUGUUUUCUCCCUUGUUUUCAGUUAGAGACACAAACACUGACCCAAUGUUUUCUCCCCUGUUUUCAGUUAGAGACACAAACACUGACCCAAUGUUUUCUUCCCUGUUCUCAGUUAGAGACACAAACACUGACCCAAUGUUUUCUUCCAAGUUCUCAGUUAGAGAUACAAGCACUGACCCAAUGUUUUCUUCCAAGUUCUCAGUUACAGACACAAACACUGACCUAAUGUUUUCAUCCCUGUUCUCAGUUAGAGACGCAAACACUGUCUCAAUGUUUUCUUCCCUGCUCUCAGUUAGAGACACAAACACUGACCCAAUAUUUUCUUCCAAGUUCUCAGUUAGAGACACAAACACUGACCCAAUGUUUUCUUCCAAGUUCUCAGUUACAGACACAAACACUGACCCAAUGUUUUCUUCCCUGUUCUCAGUUAGAGACGCAAACACUGUCUCAAUGUUUUCAUCCCUGAUCUUAGUUAGAGACGCAAACACUGUCUCAAUGUUUUCUUCCCUGUUCUCAGUUAGAGACGCAAACACUGACCCAAUGUUUUCUUCCCUGUUCUCAGUUAGAGACGCAAACACUGUCUCAAUGUUCUCUUCCCUGUGCUCAGAGACGUAA